AUCUGCUGUCAGCUAUACCUAGAUCCUAAUUGCAGUGGGGCUUGCAACUGCUGCCGACCUUGCGGUAUGCUAUUGCGGCAGUGCGAAUGUCAGGCAUGCAGUUCGAUGGCGAGAGGUUCGAUUUCCAAUCGUGACCCCUUUUUCUACUAGCGAGUACUUCUACUUCAUCUUGCAGCUACAGAUGGUAAAACAUAAGUAAUUACGGGCGCUAUUGUUCUAACAAGUGCUUCUUGUGGAUUUGUGUUUCAAAUGAAUCACGUAGCUGGCAGACGAUUUCUGCAAAAUUGUUCUACAGAUGACUACAUCAAGAGCGCUGUAGUACAAUUUAUUAAAAUUUGGAUGAUUUUACUUUCCAGCAAAACUCCAAUGUCCAGGUUUUUUCGGUGGCGCUGUCGGACGUGCCGGUACGGGUUUUGUCUUUUUCCUCGUGCUGCUCUUCGUUAUCGGCUUGGUCACUGCUGUGUUUUUUUUGGUUGGCGCGGUGCACAGGAUAGGCACACACUAUGUGCGUAUAAAGCAGGUGGAGAGCCUCAGUCGGGAAUACAGAGUUCAAGACCUCUCAUUAAGGGAAAGCAUCAUUCUUGUUUCAACAUUCUGCUGAUUCCUUCGUCUGGAAAUUUUUCCAGUGUUUGAAUUUUGCAUCUAGAAAUUAUUAGGAUUUUUGCUGUCGCUUCUGCUUCUCGCGCAUUGCGGUUUCAGUCAAGUCCCUAUAGGCUAGUACACCGAUGUUGAAUAUAAUUAUUGGAUUUGGAAGUGAACAAAGUUGUACUAAUUAUGGCAGGUUGUACUGAACUGUGCGUAAUCAGUACAGUGUAUUAGUAUGUAUGUUAAACAAGUUGUUCCAAUUAGUAGAAAAAGCAAUAGAUGGUGAGCCUUCAUCCGCUAAUUUCCGGCACUGAUUACGAGAAGAUUCUCGCAUUCCAUAACAGCGGAUACAGAGGGAUGCUAGAAAUCGGACGUCGACGGUCUCCACCCCGGAUCGCGUCACCGCUUCGGACGCCGCUCAAUUUAUAUCCAUCUUUUGUGCACAGGGCUUCGCAACAUGAAGCGACGCAGCGUCGAGCAAAUGACGAUCUGAGAUACUUUGGGGGAGUGCUGAAUGAGUGAGAGAAGUGAGAACUAGCUUGUGCAGAAAAAUGUAUUUGACUAUAUUAUACAUAAGUAUAAACAUUGGUGCAACACCAGCGAGUUUUACGACGCUUCAUAUCAAUUUGAUUUGAAAGAUUGUGGGUGUGGUCGUCCUGCAUUGAUCAUGAUCAUAUCUAUCUAUUAUUUACAGUUGGAUUUGACAUUCAUUAGAACCCAGAUGCUGGCAACCACGAACAGCUACCUAUCAUCACAAAGAUUAAGAUCCGUGAAGUCGGUUUGUCUUGUUCGGUGAAUCGAGAGUUUGAGCAUGCGUCGGUAGCCUGAAAAUUGUUAUUGUUUGCAACACAGUCGUGGAGGUGGAGGUCCUUAAUAUAGCUCGGUAGGUUUUCUUGAGAUGGUUCAGGCGGUUCUCUAUUAUCUUUUUAAAAACCGUGGCCGCGUCGCAGUCCUCCAUACGAGUCAUUCUGCAACCCAAUACUCUGCAGGCCAAUAGAUG